AUGGCCUCCGAUCCAGGUCACUCUCGUGGUGUCCUGAACCACUUGAUCAUUGUCUGUUGUCAUGCCAUCUAUAUCGGGGGUCCAGCACAUGGAGCCACGGAAAAUGAAUGGAUGAUUGAACACUUCCAGCGAGGAGAGACGCCAACGUUCAUCAAACAUGCCCAGGCUGGACUACAAGUGCUUGCAAAAGACCCUCAGGCGUUGCUCGUCUUCUCAGGCGGUCCAACCAAGAAGCCUCGAACAGACCUUAGCGAAGGACAAUCAUACCAAAACCUAGUCCGGGAGAAUGCUUAUUUUCAACAAGAGCUCAAGAUCGCUACAAUUGAUCCAUCGCGAAUCAUUACAGAAUGUAACGCAACAGACUCCUAUCAGAAUGUGCUCUUCUCGCUACUUCGCUUUCGAGCUCAUGCGAGUGUCUACCCCAAACGAAUCACUGUCGUGACACACGCGUUCAAACGCGAUCGAUUUAUGGACUGUCACUUUCCUGCUAUCGGUUUGCUGCCUCGCUUACGUACUGAGAUGCACAGGCAUGCCCAAAUGGUGUCCGUGAUUGGGAUAGAUCCGCCCGAGGAGGUUACUCCCUUGGACAGUCUGAUCUUAGGCGAGGCGCUACGGGGAAUUGGGGUAUGGAAAGGUGAUCCGUACGGGGUCGGAUCAGUCUUGGCCAACAAACGGAUCGAUCGGGGGUGGAUACCAGAAACGAUGCAAGAAAUAUGCGGUGACGGGGUCUUUGAACCCAUCGUCGAGCAAUUGAUGAAGUGGCAAGGAGGCUCGUGGAACGAAUGGUUUCCGAUGAUGGCCAAAUUACCAUGGUACUAUGGAAAUUCGCCAUGA